GUCCUACUGCGAGGCCCCCUCACUGUAUGUUUCCGGAACUCACAGUCUGCUUCUUCCCGCGGGCUGUAAACAAACCCCAUUGGAACCAAGGAAAGACUGUACAGAAUGUCUCCAGAAAUCACCCUGAACCGGAUAUCCCCGGCACUUUCACCAUUUAUCUCGAGCGUGGUCAGAAAUGGGAAGGUUGGCUUGGACUCCACAAACUGUUUGAGAAUUACAGACCUCAAGUCAGGCUGCUCGUCACUUACCCCUGGACCAAGCUGUGAUCGAUUUAAACUUCACAUACCGUAUGCUGGAGAGACGCUGAAAUGGGACAUAAUAUUUAAUGCACAUUACCCUGAGCUACCCCCGGAUUUUAUCUUUGGAGAAGAUGUGGAGUUUUUACCUGAUCCGUCAGCUCUUCCUAGCUUGUCAGAGUGGAACCCAGCCGAUCCCGAAUGCUUGUUGCUGACAGUAAAGGAACUGGUCCAGCAGUAUCACCAAUAUCAGUGCAGCCGGCUCAGUGAGAGCUCGCGUCUCAUGUUCGAGUACCAGACUCUGCUUGAGGAGCCUCAGUACGGUGGGAACAUGGAGAUCUAUGCCGGGAAAAAGAACAACUGGACGGGGGAAUUCUCAGCUCGCUUCCUUGUAAAACUGCCGGUGGAUUUUAGCAACAUCCCCAUCUAUCUACUAAAGGAUGUUAAUGAAGACCCAGGAGAAGACGUGGCCCUCCUUUCUGUCAGUUUUGAGGAUGCAGAAGCCACUCAGGUUUUUCCAAAGCUGUAUUUAUCUCCUCGAAUCGAACAUGCACUCGGUGGGUCCUCUGCACUUCACAUCCCGACAUUUCCAGGUGGAGGGUGUUUGAUUGAUUACGUUCCUCAGGUCUGCCAGCUGCUGACCAAUAAGGUGCAAUAUGUGAUCCAGGGGUACCACAAGAGAAGGGAAUACAUUGCUGCCUUUCUGAGUCACUUUGGAACUGGAGUGGUUGAAUACGAUGCUGAAGGCUUCACAAAGCUCACGCUCUUACUAACAUGGAAGGACUUCUGUUUCCUGGUCCACAUUGAUUUGCCACUCUACUUUCCUCGUGACCAGCCCACCUUGACCUUUCAGUCAGUUUACCACUUCACCAACAGUGGCCAGCUCUACUCCCAGGUCCAGAAGAGUUACCCUUAUAGCCCACGUUGGGAUGGCAAUGAAAUGGCCAAGAGAGCAAAGGCUCAUUUCAGAAGUUUCGUUCCUCAGUUCCAGGAAGCGGCCUUUGCAAAUGGAAAACUAUAGAGUUUAACAGAGAAGCAUCCUUCUGCAGAACGCUGACUGAGCUCCCAUAUUAUUCUAGAAUUGCCCGACACUUGGAGCCUGCACCCGAAGCACUGCACACUGCCCGUAUUCAAAUAUCCGGAUUGUGGACUGCCACGAUUUCUAACUAGUAUCCUGUUUAGUACUUCCUAUUUCCAUGGAAUACCUGCUUUAAUUCCAUUUGGCAUCGUUUGCCGUGAGUCUAAUUACCAGUCUUACCCAAAGCCUGUGUUUACAAGGAAUUAGAUGCUGAAACAAAGCUUGACUGGAUACAUUUUUGAGUAACAGAAGAAUUUUGCUUGUUAUUUUGUUCACUUAAAACUCCAAAACCAGUUACUUAGCAACAAAGCAAUUAUAAGCUGGAUGGUAAUUUUCUCGGCUCUGGUGAAUUCUUUAGUAAUUCCGCCACUAAACACUCAUUUUAGGGAAAACCACUUUAAAAUAUGAAAGAAGAAUACUUUUAUUUCCAUUUAACUCAAUCUGCAAAGAUGGAUCAAAUGUCCCUGUUUGUCUCCUGUGUAGAAUUCUGUUCAUAAAAGAUCAACAAAUGAUUUCUUUUUAAAAUGUCAUUUUUACAUUAUUUCUACGCUAUAUCUUGUGUCAUAGAUAGCGGCUGUAACAUUUCUGAAUAACAUGAGCGGCGACAUGUUAGCGUCGGUAAUUUGUUCUAGUAUUUUCCAUAGAAGAAUGUCUUGUUAUCAAUGGCUGCGCACAGACUUUUGCCAAAGUAAUUGUAAGAAAUGAGAAAAGUGAAAAUAUCAGUGGGUGCGCUGGCUUAGAUAGCUAUGUGCACAUGUUCCGUUCUCUAAAAUUCAAUGAAUGUAAUAUUUUCUAUCUCGUAUAAAAGGCUUUAAUAAAUCCAGUGAGUUUCUGCACUC